GGUUCAAUUCCUCAGCUAAGUAUAACCAAUAUCUGCUUUUGAAUUGUGCCAUUGGACACAAUCAUUUCCUAGUUAUCUAGCUUGAUAUUCGCCACAAUGACCGAGGUUGAUCACAAAGCAGUGCUGAUCGUUAUUGACGGCUGGGGUAUUGCUGGCCCUGACUCCCGUCCCGAUGGAGACGCUAUCGCUGCAGCUAACGCCCCGGUCAUGUCCUCGUUCGCGGACUCCAAUUCCAAAACUGCACAGGGCUAUACCGAGCUCGAUGCUUCCUCCCUCGCCGUGGGCCUCCCAGAAGGCCUCAUGGGAAACAGUGAAGUGGGUCAUCUGAAUAUUGGCGCUGGGCGUGUGGUCUGGCAAGAUGUUGUACGCAUCGACCAAACCCUGAAGAAUGGAGAUAUGAACAAGACCGAGAACAUCGUCAAAACGUUCCAGAAAGCGAAAGAUGGCAAUGGGCGAUUGCACCUCCUUGGCCUCAUCUCUGAUGGCGGUGUCCAUUCUCAUAUCAACCAUUUAUUCGGGCUACUACAGGUGGCUAAGGAAAUGAAGAUUCCCAAGGUCUUUAUCCAUUUCUUUGGGGAUGGGAGAGAUACGGAUCCUAAGAGUGCAGCUGGGUAUAUGCAACAAUUGCUUGACAAGACCAAAGAAUUGGGUGUUGGCGAGUUGGCGACCGUGGUAGGCAGAUAUUUUGCUAUGGAUCGCGAUAAGAGGUGGGAUCGUAUCGAGAUUGCUUUGCACGGGCUUGUUACUGGUGGAGGAGGGGAAGAAUCCACAGACCCAGUCCAGACCAUCAAGGAGAGAUAUCAGAAAGGAGAAAAUGACGAGUUCUUGAAGCCAAUUAUUAUUGGAGGAAAGGAGAGGAGAAUACAAGACAAUGACACGCUCUUCUUCUUCAACUACCGCUCGGACCGUGUACGGGAAAUAACCCAGCUCCUCGGGGACGUCGACCGGUCCCCCAAACCAAACUUCCCUUACCCCAAAAACAUCUCAAUCACAACUAUGACCCAAUAUAAAACUGACUAUAAAUUUCCCAUCGCUUUUCCCCCUCAGCACAUGGGCAACGUUCUCGCGGAAUGGCUGGGCAAGCAAGGCCUCAAACAAUGCCACAUCGCCGAGACAGAGAAAUACGCUCAUGUCACUUUCUUCUUCAACGGCGGCGUUGAGAAGCAGUUCCUCGGCGAAGAGCGGGAGUUAAUCCCGUCUCCAAAAGUAGCAACCUAUGACCUCGACCCGAAAAUGAGUGCUGCUCCUGUGGCAGAUAAGCUUGCUGAGCGUAUUAGUGAGAAGAAAUUUGAGUUUUUGAUGAACAAUUUCGCCCCGCCGGAUAUGGUGGGCCAUACUGGAGUGUAUGAAGCUGCCGUUGAGGCUGUGACGGCAACGGAUAAGGCUAUUGGGAGAGUGUUUGAAGCUUGCAAGCAGCACGGAUAUAUCCUUUUCGUCACGGCUGAUCAUGGAAACGCCGAGGAGAUGAAGAACGCUGAAGGAACGCCCAAGACGUCACAUACGACUAACAAAGUCCCUUUCAUCAUGGCCAACGCGCCAGAGGGUUGGAGCUUGGAGAAGUCCGGUGGAGUUUUGGGCGAUGUCGCACCGACCAUCCUCGCAGCCAUGGGCAUCGAACAACCUAAGGAAAUGACAGGACAUAGCCUUCUUGUCAGGACUUAGAACUAUUCGUAUUUACAUUGAGUACAGCAUCGAGAUAGGGAUAGACAGCCUGUAUGCUUUGUCCGAAUGUGCGUUUUGUUUCAUUUAUCUUUUUCUGAAGUUCUGUUUCAUCCGUGAAACGGGCCAAAGAGGGGACUCAUUUCGUGCUUAGAGGAUAGAGAUGGGUGGGAGAGUUGUGACAUUUGUAUAGCUAGGCAAUGUCUCAAGAUUUAUCGACUUUGGCAGGUAGCCUUUGGUGGUUGCGGAGUAUGUAUGCAUCGAGGAAUUAAAGUUCGGAAAAGCUUCCUUCCUUCGGCCAGGAUAUUCUGAAAAAGAUCCAGCGCGCAUGUUAUAUUCGGGAAAAUAGUGCGCUAAAUUUAUACGUCAUUUUAACCGUUUUAUAUUGUG